AUGGCACCAGUUCAAUACAUCAGAACACCACCAAGCAUUUACAGUAGAGUUCAAUAUGACAAUGAAGAAGAAGGUAUAUUAACUGUUGCUAAAGAAUUCAUUGCUAAAUCCAGCGUUCCAGACUUUUUACCAACCUGGAAUAAAAAUGAAAAGUAUGAACCAUUAAAGUUCUACGAACAUCAUGAUGUUGGUUUUAAAGCUGAUGCAAGCUUUCCAAACUUAUUACCAAAAGAUACUGUUACUACAAAAAACAUUACUCCAAAAUUAGAAUUGAAUGAUGCUGCUAAAGAUGAAUUAGCUUUAUUCGUAGCCCAAAAAGGUUUAGUUGUUUUCAGAGAUCAAGAUAUUGCUUCUAAAGGUCCUAAAUUUUCUGCUGAUUUUGGUAGAUACUUUGGUCCAUUACACAUUCAUCCAACCUCUGGUGCUCCAAGAACUUCAACAGAAUUACAUGUUGUUUACAGACGUCCAGAUGUUAAAGAUAUUUAUGAAAACAGAACCAACUUAGUUCAAUGGCAUUCGGAUGUUUCUUAUGAAUUGCAACCACCUGGUACCACUUUCUUCACUGUUGUCGAAGGACCAGAAUCGGGAGGUGACACUCUUUUUGCUGAUGCUGUUGAAGCUUACAAUCAUUUGUCACCAGCUUUGCAAAAGAGAUUAGAAGGUUUACAUGCUAUUCAUUCUGGUGUUUCACAAGCUCUCACCUCCAGAAGAGGUGGUGGUCUUGUUAAAAGAGAACCAGUAGAAAAUGUUCAUCCUCUUGUUAGAACUCAUCCAGUCACUGGUGAUAAAGCUCUUUUUGUUAAUUCUGGUUUCACUAGAAAGAUUGUUGAAUUAAAAGAAGAUGAAUCAGAUUACUUAUUAAACUUCUUGUAUGACCAUCUUAACAAUUCUCAUGACUUACAAGCUAGAGCUAACUGGUUACCAGGAACUGUUGCUGUUUGGGAUAAUAGAAGAGUCAAUCACUCAGCUCUUUUAGAUUGGGAAGGUGGCUCUUCUCGUUUAGCUUACAGAAUUACACCUACUGCAGAAAGACCAGUUUAUGACUUAAAGGACUUAAACGCUCCUGAUGUAAACAGAGUUUUCGUUGGUAAUGAUUACACUCCAAGUGAUUAAAAACACGGUGUAGAGAUUUUAUUCUUUCUCUUUUUACAAUUUAUCUUUACUGUAUAGGGAUACUUUUAUAUUCAAAUACAAUUCUUUUUUACUUUUUAUUCUUUGAAGAUUGUAGAUUACAAGAUGACCGGCGUUAUUAACAAAAC